AUGGUAUUUAGGAGGUUAGGUUUCAAGAGUUUCUCUACUUCUUCUAUAAUAUAUUCUUCAAUAGUGCUACGAGACUAUCAGCAAAAAGCAAUAGAUUCACUUUUGGAUGCGUUUAAAAGAAACGUGAAACGACCAGCAUUUGUUUUAGCUACUGGAGGUGGUAAAACGGUGGUGUUCUCAAGUUUGAUACCCCAGAUCCCCAAAUCUGAUCCUGAUAGAGGUGAUAAGGUACUUGUAUUGGCACAUACUGAGGAAUUGAUCAAGCAGGCAAGUACUACCAUCAAAAGGUUGAAUCCAAAGUUGAAGGUGGAGGUUGAUAUGAGAUCUUCCAAGCCAUCACCAAAAGCUGAUGUUAUUGUGGGGUCAGUCCAGACCCUUGUAAGAGCUUCAAGGUUAGAACAGUAUGAUCCUGAUGAUUUCAAGGCUAUCAUUCUCGAUGAAUGUCAUCACGCAACUGCUAACUCAUGGUUAAAGAUAUUGAAAUAUUUUGAUGCUGAUCAUGCAGACCUGAAUAUUUAUGUUAUAGGCUGUACCGCCACUAUGGAAAGAAGUGAUAACCAGUCUUUGGGGAAAGUUUUUGACGAAAUAGUCUUCGAAAGGGGCCUCUUAACUAUGAUCGAAAAUAAGGAGCUUGUUGACGUUAAGUUCACUAGUUUGAAAGCUGAUUUAGAUUUAUCUAAGGUAACGAGUUACAAAAAUGACUAUGCCAUUUCAAGUUUAUCUAAAGCAGUGAAUGACUCGAAUGCAAACUUGGUGGUGGUGGCAGCUUACAAGAGGUUGAGAGAACAAAACGACUUUAAAUCAACAAUUAUGUUUUGUGUUGAUAUAAAUCAUUGUAAAACUUUAUGUGGGAUAUUACAAAGGGAGGGAAUCAAUGCUCAAUAUGUCACUGGAGAAACUGUUAAGCACCUAAGGUCACAAAUUAUUGAAGACUUCAAGAACGGUAUAGUCGAUGUGCUCUGUAACGUUCAAGUUUUCACUGAAGGAACAGAUAUGCCAAAUAUUGAUUCUAUAUUCUUGGUUCGACCCACAAAAUCAAGGCCCCUUUUGGUUCAAAUGAUAGGUAGGGGUUUGAGAUUAAACAAAGGGAAGUCGGUUUGUCAUGUAGCUGAUAUUGCUGGUACUAGAGGUACAGGUAUACAAUCAGUUCCAACACUCUUUUCUUUACCGUCGGACUUUCCUAUAGAAGGUAAGAGUUAUAAGCAGAUUGAGGAAGAAAAGCAAAAAUAUCUUGAGGAUAAAAAACAAGAAUCAAUCAACAAAGAGCUUCAAAGAAGAUUAGAAGAAGAAUUAAGUCAUGAAAAACUAGCAAAAUUUGAACAAGACCUUGUGCUUAACUUCACCACCAUUGAUGGAUUCAAUGCCCUCGAAGCUAAGGAUAUUGAGGAUUUCAAAGAUUCAACCAACAUACAUAAAGCAUUAGAUGAAAGUUCUCUCACUUGGGUCAGACUAGAAUACGACGUGUGGGCUGUCCAGGUUGAUGAGAGAUUUUUCCUUUUGAAAAGAGUUGACUAUCAUAUGAAGAAUCUCUUUGAACUUUCAGCCAGUGGUUUCAUACCAGGUUAUGUUAAGCUCAUGGCUAAUUUCAAAGUUUCAAGAACUACAAAGGAAGAAUUCAUUAUGUCAGACUACAAUCUUACUUCAGUCAUCAGGAAGGCUGAAAAGCUAAUCCAGGAUAUAGGGCCCCCUAGAUUUGGGUAUCAUGAUAAGAAAUCAAUAACUGAAAAGCAAAUUCUGUACUUGGAUAGCAAGAUGACCAGUGUGAUUAAAAAGUAUUACGAUGUAACUCCAGAAUUGGAACAACAAUUUCUAGAAAGUCUCAAGACAUUCACGCGGGCUAGAGCUACGCACAUGAUAUUCGCUUUGAAGUACUCAGUCAAUUCAUUGCAUCUUAAAUGGGAACUACAGAAAAUGUUAGGUCCUAACAAAAAAGUCACAAAGACUAUAAAAAAAAUCGUGAGUAGAGAGACCAAAGAUAAAGAUUUCCUAAAAAACGAUUUGAAUAACAGUCACACGGCCGUUUUUUAA